UCACAAAAUGGCGACGAUCGUGCCAACACUCUUCUCAUUCGUUCGUGACACUUACAAGGGCCGUUUCGACGUGGCCACAUUCGAAAGAGAAGUUGGACGCGAUUUUGAUAAUCAGGAGAUUGCUCAGGCCAUCAGCAAAUACGAGCAAGAAGCGAAGAAUUUGAGAAAUAAAGACGAAAUUCGCAAAGUAAUUCAAUAUAUUGAUCUAACUACCUUGAAUGGUGAUGAUACUGCGAGCAAAGUUGUUGCAUUGGCAAAAAGAGCAAUCAAUCCAGUCCCAACUGAUCCAUCAAUUCAUUGUGGAUCCGUUUGCGUCUAUCCUCAAAGAAUCGCCGAUGUCAAGAAAUUCCUUGCUUCUUCGAAGUUAAACUCCAAUAUCACUUCAGUAGCCGGAGGAUUUCCAUCUGGACAAUAUCAUUUGAAAUCCAAAGUUCUUGAAGUCGAGCUCUCUGUUGCUGAUGGAGCUACUGAAAUCGAUAUUGUCAUCAGCAGAGCAUCAGCAUUGGACGAGGAUUGGAAAACUGUUCACGAUGAGGUUUUGGCAUGCAAGAAGGCUUGUGGCUCGGCUCAUCUCAAGACUAUUUUGGCAACUGGAGAGCUGAAAACCUUGAGCAACGUCUACAGAGCAAGUUGGGCAAGUAUUCUCGCUGGAUCCGAUUUCAUCAAGACCUCAACUGGAAAAGAAUCUGUGAACGCCACAUUGGAAGUUGCUUACGUUAUGUGUACUGCCAUUAAGCGUUGGCAUGAGCUCACUGGAAAGAAGGUUGGAUUCAAACCAGCUGGAGGAAUCAAAACUGUUGAUGAAGCACUCUCUUAUGUUGCUCUUGUCAAAGAUAUUCUCGGCGACGAAUGGCUCAAUCCUCACUUGUUCCGCAUCGGAGCUAGCAGUCUUCUUGAUGAUUGUCUGAAGGGUCUUUAGAUCAGUUUUUGUUAUCAUCUUUUUUUUUUGUUAAGGUUUUCCCUAUUCACUUUUUUUUUCGAAUUGCCAUAGCAUCCAUGUUACAAUAGGUUGUGCCACCCCGAGUUUUACAGAGAUUUUAAGGAAUGAAUAAAUAAAUUGUUUUAUUUUCUAAAA